GUUUACAAGCGGAAUAUACGCGUUUACGUAGGGUUUCAUUCAUUCAGUUCCCAGAUUUUCUAAUGGUUUUCAACUCGCAACGCAGUAAAAAUCUGUAAUAAGUAUUUUAUUGCUAUAAUCGUUGUAAAGCUCUACAUUAAAGGAUGAGAACGGAAUCGACAAAAAAAAAACUUCUUGCUGGGUAGCCAUAGCAACCGUCCAGUAAACAGGGGACCUGCUGCAGAGACCAGGUGAUGAGUCGGGCACAACCUUGAAUUGGCUUCAAAACACAUCAAACGAACCUCGUCUCGAGUCGAGAAGCCACAUCUAGCAGAAGAAUCAGCCUAACUCUUGAAGAUGUCACGCGCACAGGCUGAGAGUGUCAUCAAAAACAUUAUUCGUGAAAUCGCUCAAGAAUGUGCUGGCAAAGGACAGGCCGUGUCCGAAACACUGGUGGCUUUUAUGGUAAAAGCGGUUGUUUUGGAUCCAAGGAAUGAAUUUAACAUUGAUCGAACUCUUACAAAACAAGAUGUACAGAAAUUAAUCAAGCUUUGCGUGGAUAGACUUUUGGAUCAAAAAAGCCCAUCUCUUGAUACAGUCAAAAUGCAGGUUUAUUUUGACAUGAAUUACACAACCCGACGUGAGUUCCUGGAGGAGAACCAGCGCGUGCUGCAGUCCAGGCUGGCGCCGGCGAGCCGAGAGAUCACAGACAGCCGCGCCCGGAGCCGCGAGGAGCUGGAGAGCCUCUACCGCAAGAUCGUCAGCUACGUCCUGCUGCGCUCGGGCCUGGGCUCUCCCACCGACAUCAACACCGUGCGGGAGGCCACAGCUGCCCUGCAGAGUGUGUUCCCUCAGUCUGAGCUGGGCUCUUUCCUGGCCCUCAUCAAGCGGGAUAAAGAACAGCAGAUGAGUGAGCUCACCAUGAUUGUCACAGGCAUCCGCCUCUUCAACAGGGACAGCGGGAAGGGAGGGGAAGGCAUUGAGGACAUGCCUGCAAUCCUAAAUGAGGCCAUUCCGGCCACCAGCAAGCACAUUGAGUCAGAGCUAAAGGUGACGCAGAAUCUGGCGUAUCAGUACACGGCCAUACUGGAGCAGCUGGACCACACAGAGGGUGCAGGGAGCAGUCAUAGUGUCCAGCCAGAUGUCUUGAAACAGGCCUUAUAUAAUGUUCGACAGCAUGAAUCAUUUUUAAACAUCAUCCUGGCUGAUGUGGUGACAUGCGCAAAGCAAGUGGAAUCUCUGCAGAGACAGCUUGGAGUUCAGAUGAAUGAGCUGAAAUCCACAGUGCGAGCUAAGAUUGCUGUUCCCACUGCACAGGUUUAUCCCCAUUUCACAGCUAUCUCGAAGUUAUGGUCAGGGCUGCAGGACGAGAUGGUGCUGUUAAGUGUUCUCAGUAACAUGGUGGCCAGCCUGCAGCCCUUCCUGGAGACUCAAGCCCAGCUCCUUCCAGACUCCCUCCUGGAGCCCCUGCUAGAAGGCCUGGAGGUACAGAGUGAUGAGCAGAGAAUGAUCCAGUCUUCAGGAAACCGUAUCAUUGCUAGUGAGCAUAAAAACCAAGACUGGCUUUUUCCUGAGACGACAGCUAACUUUGAUAAGCUGCCUCUUCAGUACAGGGGAAUUUGUGGCUACACUCUAGUGAAGAAGAAUGGUCUCUUGUUGCCAGGUAAUCCAGAUAUUGGAAUUUUGAAACACAGGGAUAAAUACUACAUCUUUAGUUCCAUGGAGGCAGCAUGUGGAUUUGCUGAAGAUCCAGAAGGGUAUAUAGCUCUGGUUGCAGAAAGGGCUAAGCAAUCUGCAGAGCUGAUACACCUCUUAGAGCUCCAUCACCAGUUUUCCUCCGUAACUCCUUAUUCAGAGAUGAAAUCUGGGGAGAAGCUGCUGGUAAAACCAAUUACAAAAAGUGAGAGUGGCACCCAGACAGACACCCAUUUUGUGGAAACGAACAUUGUGAAGUCUUAUGAAUGGAAUGAAUGGGAGCUGAGAAGAAAGGCAAUCAAGUUGGCCAAUUUGCGUACUAAAGUAACCCACUCGAUGCAGACGAAUCUCAGCCACAUGAGAAGGGACAACAUUAGCCAGGUGUACCUCCCCAAGCAGGCUGCCUGCCAGACUAAGAGAGAUAAUGUGACCAAUGUACCCAAGCCAAGGGUGUACCUGGCUGGCCUGCGUGGAGGCAAUACCAAAACAACACACAUGGUCAAAACCAACUUGACAAGAGGAGUGGAUGAAUAAAAUACAGUUUUUGGUGCUAUAAAAGUAAUCACUCCUGGCAUUAUUUCAAUGAUGUUAAAAUAUUAUAACAUGUUUUGAACAGAAUAUAAAAAAAUACUUGUUUUAUAAAUACUACAUUAGUGUAUGUACAAUGGACUGGUUUCACAGAUCCCUAUUAGCACUAGUUCUGGAUUAAUGGUUUACCUAUAGUAACAUUAGUUUGUCCAAAAUCUGUCAUUUUGGACUACCUAAUGUUACUAUAGGUAAACCAUUAAACCAGCUAAUCUGGAUCAGUGAAACUACUCCCACAAGUAUGCAAACAAAAUAAA